GAGUUUUUCAGGUAACCUAACCACAAAACCUGCAUUGAGAUUGAGACUGUAAUUUCAAUGUUGAAUUACUACAAAUAUAUCAUUUAAUAAUAUUUUCUUGCUUUUCUUCUAAUCAGAAACUAUAGUAUUGAAAUGGCUACAGGUUCAAUAGAAGAAACAGCAAAUAAUUAUGUUGACGAAGAUUAUUACAAUGGGGCUUCAAACAGUGCUACUUGUGAAGAUCCUGUAGUUAGCAAUGAGGAAUUCGUGUUUAACCAGAGCUCUUGUUACAUCUGCAAUGGCUAUUAUGGGGCCAUGCUUUGAAGAACCCGUUUGCGCCACAUGUCAUGCCUUUCUAUUUCCCGAAGAGUUGAGCUGUGCUGAGCCGUUACCUUUUUGCUCCGAAAAAACUGACGAUGGAGACUCGGGUAACGACGAGCCGACUGACCUGUACUACUGUCCGGUGGAGCGACAGUCGUCGAAUGCGGGCGUGGCGGCUGCUCCUGCUCCGGCCCCGCCCCCAACUCAACCCACGCGACACAACACGGUCGCCAUGCAGAUAGAGCUGCUCACUACCUCCAGGGAGGCUGACAACCUCACACCGGGACUGGUCGAGUGUCUCCCUCCCGAAGUCCUGCUGGCUGUAUUCUCGUAUUUGGACGAUAUGUCACUUUGGAGUGUUGGAAACGUGUGCAAAAGAUGGCGGUACCUGUUGCACUCUCAUUUCGCAGCCGACAUCUGGCAGAGCUACACGGAGCGGCGAUGGCCUCUCUACAAACCAAUCUGCAAUAUCGACGACUGGUUCAAGGUCUACUCCCAUCUAAUGGGAAGCUGCCCAUGUAAAUCUUGCCUGCUACAAAUGUCCAUUGGUUCUCAACCACCUGGAGAGGAAAACUCUUGGAGAAGAAAUCGACUUCGAAAUGAAUUAAAAAGUUUGAAAAUCGACCCGCCAGAAGGAAUCGAAGCAAUUCCUCUCGAUCAGCGAAGCUGUCACUGGCAGGCAACCAUUACUGGACCAGUUGGAAGUCCCUACGAGGGAGGAAUAUUCUUUCUCUACGUACAAGUACCCUACAGUUACCCCAUGUGCCCACCUGUGGUCAGAUUCCUAACAAGGAUAUUUCACCCAAAUGUGUCACGGCAUGGAGAUGUUGGCAUCGACUCAAUACAUCAUAACUGGAGCUUAGCAUUGACAAUACCAAAGGUUCUCAUCUCAGUUCAAAGCCUAUUGACCGAUCCAUAUUGUCAGGUUUGCAUGGAGCCAAAUGUUGGAAAUUUGUAUCUGAAUGACCGUUCAGCUUUCGAAGACAUUGCCAGAGCUUGGACGUGGAAAUACGCAAUGCAUGAUGUCUUACUUCCUUUGUAACUCAUAAUUUGUAAUAAAUCAUCAUUAUUUUCUACUUUUGUAAUAUAUAUUUGUAGUAUUUUCCAACUCAGACGAUAGAUAAUAAUUAUAACUGUAAUUACACAACUUCUACAACAAAUGUAAAAUGUUUAACCAAAUCUUGAUAAGUGAAUAUUAAAAUAUGGGUAGUAAUUUUACCUAUUAAAAUUUAAUA